GCCGGAGCAGAGCGGGAACAGAGCCGGGGCAGAGCCGGGCCUGGUCCUGAGGGCAGAGGAGCGGCCCCGAGCGGCCCAGCAUGGCCCAGGCCACUUACAAUAAGAUGUGGAGAGAUGCCCAGAAAGACCUUGACAUCCAGCUCCAGAGAGAAAAAGAAGAGUGCCUCCAGCCAGAGAAGGAUCGCGUGGAAGUAUUCAAUAUGUUAGCCACUUCCUACAUCAAAUACACGCAAAUCUUGCGAAAAUUGGAGACGGCCCAUGACCAACUCAUUCACCAGCAGAAACGGACACUGAUUCGGCAAGUGCUAGAUGGUGUAAUUGGCCGGAUCCUGGAGAUCAAAAGAGAGAUGGUAGACCUGGAGCACUCAGAGUUUCAUUACUUUCUUAAUAUCCUGGAAGAUCUAAAGCUUCUCCCUGAAGACAUAGAAGUACCUAUCCCAAGGUAUUUCAUUAAAGAAAGACUGGAAAUCCUGCAGCAGAGGGAGAAAAUGCUUGAUGAGAUUUUGGUUAAUGCUGGAUUGCAAACACAGAAACCUGUCAAGGUCAUGACUUUUGAAGAAGCCAUUAAAGUGAUCCAGGUUGCAGAACGGGCUCGGCAAGGCCGCUGUCGAGUGGCAUUCAUGAAGAAAAUUUUCCUUCAACAGAAGAGAGGGCCGACUAAGCUUCAGGACCAGAUGGGUCCAGAUCCAAAUGAUGCUGCCAUUUGCAUUCAAAAGGUUUGGCGUGGAUAUAGCCAGCGCAAGAAAACACAGAAAAUGAGAGAACAGGAAAUGAUAUUUCUGGGGAUGAGCUCACCUCCUCGCUUACAGGCAAGGAGUAUUACAGAGAAGUGUGCUAAACAAAUAAAUGUCCUGCAAGGAAAGGUCCAGGAGAGACAUGAGGAGAUAUUCAACAAAGACAAACUGAGAGAAACAGAGGGGAUCUACAUCCAGGAAACUCUCGAGAACCAGAUCGGCCAAUGUUUCAUCGAGUGCCGGCAUAUCGUAGGCAGGUUUCCUGACUAUCCUACCAAAGAGACAGGCGGUUCAAUGGCUAUUCUCUCUGAGAAAACUCCAGAGCAGGUUGCUGCAGAACUGGCUGCCAAAGAGGAGGUGGAAUUGCAGGAAAAAGCCAAACAAGGGAAAAAAGGAAAAGAAGAAGAGAAAGAAAAAACAAAAGGAAAAAAGCCACAGAAAAAUGUGAAAAAAGAAGAAGAGGAAGGCUGGAAAAUGGCUCCCAGUAAUUUCCUUUCAAUAAUGGAGGAAGGAAACAGGCAAUACAAAGACAUUUGGCAGAACAGAGACGAGAGAUGGGAUUUUCUCCAGGAUCAUGACCCAGAGCUGAUCAAAGAUGAGAAACGGGAAGAAGUGGAGGAAGAGAUCAGAGUGCAGGUCGAUGAAUUGAUGAAAGAGAAAGUGGAGAAUCUGAAACUGGCUGUGGAUGGAGAGAAGAGUGACAAACAGAAAAAAGGAAAAAAAAGCCAAAAGAAAAAGACGACCAUGAGGACCAAGAUAUCCGAGAUAGAAGAAGAUCUAACUCCUGACAGGACCAUCGAUUCUCUGUACAGGGAACUGGUGGAAGAAGGAUUACUAAUAAAAGCCAAGACUGUGAAUCUCUCCGAUUAUAUUGGCGAGUACAACUAUCUGGGGACCUCACUUCGUCAGGGAGGUGUAGAGCCAGUGGCCUCUCUCGCAGAUGUCAGACAGCUAAUAGCGCUAUAUGGAAUAUUGCCAUUAGGUUCCCAAGUAGUCCAUGAGAAAGGUCCUUUGGUGAAAUCCUUGUUACUAGCUGGACCCACUGGAGUUGGAAAGAAAAUGCUAGUCCAUGCCAUCUGCACAGAAACAGGAGCCAACCUCUUCAACUUAUCAGCUUCCAACAUUGCCAGGAAACAUCCAGAAGCGAGUGACCUACAAAUGAUGCUUCAUAUGGUUCUCAAGGUAGCAAAGCAAUUGCAGCCCUCAGUCGUGUGGAUUGGAGAGACAGAACAGAUAUUUUCUAAAGGUGAAAAGGAUGAAGAAGAGAUGAGCGCAAAACGACUGGAAAAGAUCCUCCCCAUGUUUCUCAAGGCUUUGAAAGCACAGGACAGAGUGCUGCUAGUGGGAACCACCAAACAACCCUUCAGUGCCGAUCUUAAACCUUUCUGCAGAGUCUACCAAAAAAUUAUCCUGAUUCCUAAGCCUAACUAUGCUUCAAGAUAUGUGUUAUGGAAACACAUCAUCCUGCAGAAUGGAGGAGAAAUCACCAACUCACUGAACCUCAGUUGCCUAACAAAGGUAUCUGAUGGUUUCACCCAGGGACACAUCGUCCAGGCAGUGCAAGCUGUCCUGACUGAGCUGCGUCUCCUGCAGAUGAGCAGGAGGCCACUGAGAGCUUCAGAGUUCAUCGCUACUCUGGCCAAACAGGACCCCGUGUACAGAGAAGAGGAAGACUCGUUUCAGGCUUGGUACGCCAAGACACCACUGGGUAGAGCACGAAUCAAAGCACUGGCAAACAGCGAGAAAGCAGAAAAAGGAAAAACAAAAGGAAAUAAAGGAAAAAAGGAAAACUAACUUCAAGAAUUUUACAUCUGACAAUACCAGUCACCCCUAUUUCACUGACAAUGGGGAGACAUUCAGAAAGCAGAUACAUUAGCAUAGUGCACCCCAAGUUAUAUCUACUCCAGGAAAGACAUUUCCUUUCUGAAUGAAUUUCAUAAAGUUACGAAAUGGGAUGAGACAUCAAUGUGACAUGUAGCUCUCAGAGGAUAAAGAGUUAACGACCACUGACUUGCUCAAGCAUUAUUUAUUCUAAGAGACUUUAGGGGGCAGAAGGGUUCAUUAUUCAGGACUGUAACAUGCCAUCAACUUUUAGGCUAUACUCAUUUAUUUCUGCAAGUA